GGUCUGUUUAAGAGGGCUGUUAUGGAGAGCGGAUCCGUUUUGUAUAAUAAGGACAGACCGGCGCUCAGUACUGUUGAGGGCCUCCAAAAGGCUAAGGAUUUGGCAAAAAGACUUAAUUGUGAUGAAUAUGACUACAAAUGGUUGGACUGUUUGCGAGCCAUUGAGGACCCAAACCUUUUCAUAGAAGGCAUGGGAUUAACUCAUCUCGUGUUUGACAUUGAGUUGAUAGCGGGUGUCAGCAAAGAUGAGGGACCUAUGAUGGCAAUGAUGUUAAUCCCGGAAAUGAGGGCCCAUUUUACUGUCGAGUCGUUCAAGAAAGCUGUUAAUGUGAGUGUAAUAGUGGUGUGCAUUGUUCGGUGUGUUUGCGAUGAGAGUUAUAGUGUUGUCGUGAAUACGAGUUCGGGUGGAGUGAGGGGACAGACACUGAAUGUUGUGAAUCACAAAAUCAAUCAAUUCUUGAAUAUACCUUAUGCUGAGCCCCCGGUGGGCCCACGAAGGUUCAGUCCACCACAACCCCUCAAAACACCUAAACAACCUGUGAGGGAAGGAAGGGUAAAGGUGAUGGGUCAAAUCACUACAAGUGAGGACUGUUUGGUACUAAACGUAUGGACACCUAAUGUGGAGAAUAGGAGUUCAUUAAAACCCGUCAUGUUUUUCAUAUACGGCGGGGGAUUGAGUUUGGGCUCAAUAUUUCAAAAGAUGAAUAACGCCAGUGCUUUGGCCACCAAUGAUGUGGUCGUUGUUUCGGUCAACUAUAGGGUCGGACCCUUAGGUUUCCUAUACGGUGGCGAUGAUACCAGUCCUGGAAAUUUGGGUUUAUAUGACCAGUUGUUAGGUCUUAAAUGGGUCCGGGAAAAUAUUCAUUUAUUUGGUGGGGAUAAGGAUGAGAUUACUAUUUUUGGUAUAAGCGCCGGCAGUUGGUCCGUAUCGGCACAUGUAUUGUCUCCCCUAUCAAAGGGUCUGUUUAAGAGGGCUGUUAUGGAGAGCGGAUCCGUUUUGUAUAAUAAGGACAGACCGGCGCUCAGUACGGUUGAGGGCCUCCAAAAGGCUAAGGAUUUGGCAAAAAGACUUAAUUGUGAUAAAUAUGACUACAAAUGGUUGGACUGUUUGCGAGCCAUUGAUGACCCAAACCUUUUCAUAGAGUUUCCCAUAAAUGGAAAUAUGAUUGAAUUCACUCACGCAGUGUUUGGCACUCAAUUCCUACCCGUUUUACCACAAAAAGCAUUUGAAAAUAAUUUAUACAAUAAUGACAUUGAGUUGAUAGCGGGUGUCACCAAAGAUGAGGGACCGAUGUUUGCAAUGAAGUUAAUCCCGGAAAUGAGGGCCCAUUUUACAGUCGAGUCGUUCAUAAGAGCUGUGAAUAGACUGAACGAUGUAUACCGUAAUAUAGAUGUGGAGGAAGUGUCCGAUUAUUAUCUCAAAAGUAUUGACACAACAAAUGAGUCCCAAUUGAAGGGAGCGUUGAGUGCACUCUAUGGGGAUCUGGUGUUCACGUGUGCGACCUAUCACUUCGCCAAACAAUUUGCCAAAAGUGGACAAAAUGUCUAUUUUUAUAGAUUUAAUUACCAGAGCAAUCAAUUAGCAGAGAUUAGUAACGGUUUAUGUAGUGGUGAUAACAUAUGCCACGGCGCCGAUGCACCUUUUGUGUUGGGACAACCUUUAAUACAUCAUCAGGGUGAUUUCACAGAAACUGAUUACGAUUUCAGUAUAGAAAUAAUGAAUAUAUGGACAGAUUUUGCUAAAAAUAGGAAACCACACAAUGUUUGGCCGAAACUAAUAGACAUUUCGGACGCGAAUUCAGUGCCAAAAGUGAAAGACUUGAAUCCCAACGAUAUGUCACUUGUUUUGGACAAUCCGUACGGAAGUACUUGUGAUGGCAUUUGGAGUCAAUAUUUUUAAUUAUUUAAUAUUUAUAUAAUGUAAUUUAAAAAUUAUUUUAUUAAAUC